AUGGAAGUUGAGGUGUUUGGUGAUUCAGAAUUGGUAAUAAACCAGCUAAAUAGGGAGUUCAAGUGUAAACAUAUCACCAUGGCCGGAUAUUAUUUGGCGGCCAUGCAAUUGCUGAGUUAUUGGGAUUCUGAGAUAUCGAUGAGUCAUGUUCCCAGGGGAGCCAACCUAGCAGCCAAUGAGAUGGCGCAAUUGGCCUCAGGCAUACCAGUACAGGAGAGAAGAUAUGAGUUGGAUGUUGAGAUUCAAAGGAGAAACCUUCCUUCUAUCCUAGAAAGGGGAUUCGGUCUGGAUAUAAUGGUUCUAGAGACCAAGGUAAAAGAUUGGAGGUCACCUAUCAUCCAUCAUUUGAAAGAUCCUUCUUCGCCCACAAGCAAGAGGAAUAGACGGCAAGCAACCAAGUAUGUCUUAUGGGCAAAAGACCUGCUAAGAAAGACUCCAGACGAGUUACUACUGAAAUGCUUAAGCCAAGAAAAGUCUAUGAGAGUAAUGGCUGAAGUACAUGAGGGAGUAUGUGGAGCACAUCAGGCCGGAACAAAGAUGAGGUGGUUGCUCAGAAGUUGGUUUUCCGAUGUCUUCCUGGAUAGGACCCGAUCAGGUGAUCAGGUUGUGCGGCCAAGACGCGCCUGGUAG